AUGGCUCACAGCCGGAACUACCAACAACAUCAACCCCAGCAUUUCCACCAAUACAGCUCCGUGAGUCGCAAAUUGCCUAUAAUAGACUACGCAAAUCCAGAUCUGACCCAAGCCGUGACUGCUCAGUAUCAAAAUCCAGCAAUCCAAUAUCCAAGCUCCUCCAUCGCACCGGCCAUGAGCUACUCCUCAUCAACGGAUAGCAACAGUUCCACGAGGACGGCGUCCAGCAUGGCCUCCAUGGGCAGCGCACAGCCGGCAUACUACAUCCAUCCCACCACUUCAAGUUUUACAGACCCAAACUAUCAUCAACAACUACGCCAAACUUCCCCCCCCAACGCCAUCCAGGACUAUAUAAUGGUCACUCAGCAGAGCCCGACGACGCCGGCAAAAUCAACUAGGGGUUCUGGUGUAGAAAGCUCCCUGAAAGACCACUCUAUAAAUUAUUCACACUGCCCCACACUGCCACCCCUAGAGUGA